AUGGAUCCUGGCAUGGCGACCGGCGGCGGCGGCAGCAUCCCGGACGUCCACAGCAACACCGACAGCAGCAACAAGACGCUGCUCAAGAGCCAAGCCCUGUACAAGUAUGUGCUUGACACGUCGGUGCUGCCGCACGAGCCGGAGUGCAUGCGUAACCUGCGCCUCGUCACAGACAAGCACGCGUGGGGGUUCAUGCAGUCCUCCCCCGACGAGGCGCAGCUGCUGCGGAUGCUCAUCAAGCUCAUCGGCGCGCGCAACACCCUGGAGGUGGGCGUGUUCACCGGCUACUCCCUGCUGGCCACGGCGCUGGCUCUCCCCGACGACGGGAAGGUCAUCGCCUUCGACAUUAAUCGCGACUACUACAACAUCGGCCGCCCCUUCAUCGAGCGCGCCGGCGUCGCGGGCAAGGUCGACUUCCGCGAGGGCCCCGCGCUGGAGAACCUGGACGCGCUGCUCGCCGACGAGGCCAACCUGGGCGCCUUCGACUUCGCCUUCGUCGACGCCGACAAGCCCAACUACGUGCGGUACCACGAGCAGCUGCUCCGCCUGGUGCGCGUCGGCGGCAUCAUCGUGUACGACAACACGCUGUGGUGCGGUACGGUGGCCAUGCCGCCUGAGACACCGAUGUCGGACCUGGACAAAAGGUUCUCGGCCGCCAUCAGGGACCUCAAUGUUCGCCUCUCCGCGGAUGACCGCGUCGAGGUCUGCCAGCUCGCCAUCGCCGACGGCGUCACCAUCUGCCGCCGCCUCGUCUGA